CUGGUUAAAGAGAAAAAAAAAAAAAAAAAAAGCCCAAGUUGCUUUUUAAACUUUGAUCGUUUGGUCUACACGACUCACCAGAGCAAUGUUGAGAAGAGUUAGUGGACUGCUCCCAAAAUUACCCAUGGUUUUUUUUCCUUAAAAAUAUAUUGACGAUUGACAAAAACCUCCAAAAAUAACAAGAUUUUUUCAGAUUCUUGGAAAAAGAAGAGAAAAGAGAGGAGAAAUUUUUUACUCUUGAAGAAUCGAGUUUCAACUGGUACUUUCUCUUCACUAGUUAUGUAUGUGAAUCGGAUUUCCACUGUCCUGGAUUCUAAAAUGUUGGUUGAAUUCAUAUACCUAUCCAUUUUUUUCUUGGAAAGCAAUUCUUCUUCGUGGAAGUAGGUAUAUGAUAAGGGCCUAUUUAAUGGGUUAUGUUGUGGACUUUAAUAUUGGGUUGUUUCUAUUUUGCACGUCAUGGGUUAUAUGUAAGUCCCAUAUUGCUUUUAUUUCCAACGGUCAUAUUACCGUUGAGGAGAGAGAGUUGUUCUUCUCCGAGAUUCUCGGAUGCAGCUUCAAUAGUUGACCAGCCAAAGAAGAAAGACUAUAAAACAAACCAUUGAUAUGAAGAUUGAAGAAGAAAGAUUGGACUUCUUUGCAAGUGAAAAUUUGACUCUCCACAUUUUGGAUCUUAUUUUUCGCAUGGGGUUUUGCAUUUGUUCAAAGUUCGGGUGCCAUAUACAUGUGGGGUGCUAGUCAUGACUGCUGAUGGCUGUAAGCACUUGAUAUCUGUUAAUCCCAAUUGCCUUAAGUUUAUUUGUAAGUUUCACCUUUUGUAUAUUUGUACUCGCAUGCAUGCAUGUGAAACUGUAUACGUAGAGUCCCGUUAGCUGUAUAUGAAGGUUCAUGAUUCAAUUAUAUGGUUGUGAUUAAAUUGGAAAGGGAAAAAUAUUGGUGCAAAGGAUUGCUGUUGUGUUGAAUUUCAGGUGGUGAUUGGGAGGGAUGCAUUGGAGAUGAUUAUUUUGUUACAAAUUUUUAUGGAAUUAGAUUUGUGGACAAUAUAGUGAUUUCUAUGUUGAUUUGUUUUAUUUUUCUGAAUUCAUAAGUUGAUUGGGUCAUUGCUGGUGUUGCUUUGAUGCUAGCACAGACCAAUUCAGCCUCUCGUCCAACCAGAACUUGUACAGAUAUUGUUAUUCUUUAGAAUUAGAGGAGAAGAAAAGCAGUUUAGCAAUUCUUAAAUGUCGUUAGUAUAUAUAAUUAUUCUUGAAAAUUUUUGCUAAACAAGAUUUUAGUUUAGUUGACUUUUGGUGUUUUUUGGCCAACAUAGACUUUGGAUCAUACUAUUCAUGUUUUCAAUUGAGCCUAAGAAGCAAAGUUCUUGUGAUCUUGAACUGGUGAACAACACAGAACACCAUGGGGCGAUCAAGGUUAAAACGACUUUAUCUAGCAAGUACUGUGUGCGACCGCACAUUGGUGUUCUACUGCCUUGGGACUCAUGUAUCAUCGAAGUUGAGCCUAAAAAGCAAAGUUCUGGUGAUCUUAAAGUGGUGAACAACACCGAACACCAUGUGGCUUUUAAGGUUAAAACAACUGCACCGAAGAAUUACUGUGUUCGACCAUUCAGGGGUGUUGUACUGCCUUGGAACUCUUGUGUCAUCAGAAUCACUCGCCAAGCCCAGCAGGAAUAUCCUCCAGAUAUGCAAUGCAAAGACAAAUUUAUGCUACAGAGUACCAUAGUGCCACCAAAUACUAAAGUGCAAAACCUACCAGCAGAUACUUUCAAUAAGGAAAGGGCUAAGGAGAUUGAGGAGUACAAGCUUAAAGUUUUCUUUUUAUCUCCUUCCAUUCAAGGGAAUUCAAAAGGUGAAGGAUUAAAGAGCUCCACACUACAAAUUCCUUAUUCAAACUCUGGAGUAAAGAUUGAUCUUAGAGGUGGGGUGCUAGUCAUUACUGCUAUUGACGAUAAUCAGUUGAUAUCUGUUCAUCCCAAUGAUCUCAAGUUUAUUAUUGAGCCUAAAAAGCAAAGUUCUUGUGAUCUUAAAGUGGUGAACAAUGCAGAACACCAUGUGGCUUUUAAGGUUAACACAACUGCACCGAAGAACUACUGUGUUCGACCAAACAGGGGUGUUGUACUGCCUUGGAACUCAUGUGUUAUCAGAAUCACUCGCCAAGCCCAGCGGGAAUAUCCUCCAGAUAUGCAAUGCAAAGACAAAUUUAUGCUACAGAGUACUAUAGUGUCUCCAAAUACUAACGUGCAUGACCUACCAGCAGAUACUUUCAAUAAGGAAAGGGGUAAGAAGAUUCAGGAGUACAAGCUUAAAGUUUUCUUUGUAUCUCCUUCCGCUCAAGGGAAUUCAAAGGAUGAAGGAUUAAAGAGCUCCACACUACAAAUUCCUUAUUCAAACUCUGCUGUGCAGCACCCGAAGGAUGCAAGAGAUGCAGCAGUUCAGCUAACACUGCAGUUGCAACAGAAACUGGAUUUUCUGAAGAAGCGAAUAAACAAUCUUGUUUUCCAUAAACUUCUGAGAAGGCCAAGACAACCGAGGAAUGAAUGAGGGAUGCCGUUGUUGGCUCACGUGAAGGGACCCUGACUGACUUUGAGUAUUUCAAGUUGUCAUUUCUUCACUCUUCAUAAAGAACAGAACAGAAGAUAGAUAAGAUAACUAGAUAAGAUGUUUUUAGUUCAAUGCUUCUUUCUUACCUAUAAGUGUUACCUCCUUUAACAGGUAUCCAAUGCUGUCUUAUCUUUUUCCAAAAUUUCUAUGGUUUUUUUCUAUUAUUUAUAUUACAAAC